AUGCUUUCCAUCAAGAACCUCCUCUUCCUUGCCGUCGCCGUCACCGGCUCAGUCAUCAAGCGGGAUGCUGCUCAGGUCAAGCAGGGUCUCCAGACCAUCAACGCCGACACUAAUGCCGUCACUACCGCCGUCAACAACUACAACAGCGGCUUCUCGCAGGCUUUGCCCAUCGUGAAUGCCCAGAACAAACUCAAAGAUGACCUCAAGACCGCCACCAACGAUGCCAACAACGCCGGCGUUGUCAGCGAAUCUGACGCCGAUGGUAUCAUCGGCUACAUCACCGGCACGCUCCGGCCUUCUAUUGAUGCUUCCCUCUCCGCCUUGAAGUCCAAGAAGGCCAACUUUGACAAGGAUGGCCUGACGCCCGUUGUCAAGAGUAGCCUGCAAGAUCUCAAGACCGACACUGACAACCUUGGCGCCGCUCUUGUUAACGGAACUCCUGACAGCCGCAAGAGCCAGGCGCAGUCGAUCCAGAACAAGAUUGACGCCGACUUCGUCGACGCUAUUAACCACUUUUCCUGA